AUGGCUGGAGAGACCACCGCCGCCAAUUAUUCCCCCGACCUCGCCGCCCCCUCAAUAUCUGCACCUUACAGACUGGACGAGGGUUACUCAGACGAGACCAGAAGCCAGGUGGACAAGGAACUUGCGGAGCCGCCCUCGGAUGAUGGGAUGCCUCUCCCGGAUUGGCUUCUAGCUAAUAGCGAAGAAGAUAGGGCUGAGAUUGCCUACAGCUUAUUACGCACACUAUCCACUUCUACCGUGGCCGCGCUUGUCGACCGCCUUGCGCCUGUGUUGCACAUGGAUCCCGUUGUCAAACUCCCUCCCGAGAUCACCUCCGAGAUCUUCUCCUACCUUGAUCCUAAGACUCUCUUGACAGCUUCAUUGGCAUCUCGCGCCUGGCAGGGCCGUAUAAUUGACUCUGGUCUGUGGCGAGGAAAAUACAUCGAUGAAGGCUGGCGCGUCGAUAUCGAGGCGAUCCGUUCAUUCGAGGAAAGGCAAUCCAAACUGUCGUCCCCUUCUCUUCGUAAAUCCCGAUUAAGGAACGCCGAUACAGAUGUCGGAGAACCGAAGAAUAAGAAACGAGUACCUCCAAGCUGGUUAGACUCGCGAACAACAGGAUAUGUGGGCAGUUACAUAAUCGGGCGGCAAGAUGGACAACAAACGUCUGCGGAGGCCGACACUGAGGGUGAUCAUCUCAUGAGUGAUGUCGCAAAUGACCAGAGCGAGUCAACUGCCUCUGGGCACCAGUUAGACUCGAACAACAUUCGAGGGUCUCAGACAGACCUCUCUCGCACCGCGCAUGGACCCACGUCCUCAUCAGCUCACUCGGCCCCAAAAUCAUCUAUUUUGCUACGAAUGCCUAACGGUGGUGCGAGAAUUAACUGGCUUCAUCUCUAUAAGCAACGUAGACGGUUGGAAGAGAAUUGGAAUCGAGGUCGCCUUACGAAAUUCCAGAUUCCCCACCCUGAGCACUUGGCGGAUCGAGAUAGGACUGUCCGAGUUUGGAAUAUUGAUACACAGAGACUGCGCUAUCGUCCUCUUGUGGGCCACUCCAAAUCGGUGCUCUGUCUCCAAUUCGAUCCCCGACCUUCUGAAGACAUUAUUAUGACUGGGAGCAGCGACAAGAGCGUCAUUUUGUGGCGGUUUUCCACCGGUGAGAAACUCAAAGAGAUUGCACCGGCUCAUCAGGACUCCGUGUUAAACCUCAAAUUUGAUGAGCGUUAUCUUGUCACAUGUUCCAAAGAUAGGCUGAUAAAGGUUUGGAAUCGGCGUGAGCUCAUGCCCGGUGACAAGGACUAUCCUGUCGUCCAUCAUGGGGCUGGGUCUAUAUUUCCAGCGCACAUUGUUGAUAUAAACGAACUUCCUUCCCCUAUUACAGAAACCGAGCUGGCCAAGCGUCACAUACGCAACCUUGCUCCGUACUCUCUCUUGAUGACAAUCGCAGGGCAUGGGGCUGCAGUUAAUGCUAUCCAGAUAAGCGAAGAUGAGAUUAUUUCCGCCUCAGGUGACCGGUUAAUCAAGAUCUGGAACAUCCGGAGCGGUGUCUGCAAGAAGACCCUUGUGGGCCACGACAAAGGUAUCGCAUGCGUUCAGUUUGAUGGCCGGCGUAUCAUCAGCGGAAGCAAUGAUGACUCCGUUCGUAUUUUCGAUCACAGCUCGGGCGCGGAGGUUGCUUGUUUAACUGGUCACGCCGACUUAGUAAGGACCGUCCAAGCCGGCUUUGGUGACCCACCAGGAGCCGAAGAGGCUAUGAAGUUGGAAGCUCUGGCCGUUGAUAACGAGUUCCUCGAUGCUCGGCGCUCCGACGAAGCUGUAGACUAUGGUCCAAGGGCUCUCAGACGUGCCGGCCACCGCCAGAACACGGCCGGUUCCAGAAACCCAAAGGACAUUAAGGCUUUGGGUGCUCAUAUCCCACCGGGAGGAGGCGGAAGUAAAUGGGCUAGGAUUGUUUCGGGUUCCUAUGACGAAUUAGUGCUUGUCUGGAAGAAGGACAGAGAUGGCGCCUGGGUUGUCGGCCAACCACUGUCUCACGUGAAGACUUUGAAGCAAAUCAACGGAGAGGAUACUGAUGAUGAAAUUCCUCCUCCUCAUGGUCCACGGAACGCCUUUGCCCAGCAGGCUCAGAGAAAUCGGCCUACCAACCCGGCUGCCGGCCCAGCAACAAACCGUCCUCAGCUUCAACAGCACCUACCAGUUGUGCAGGCUCCAGGAGCGGCGCACCAACAUCACCAUCACCACGCAGCGCGGAACCAACAAGCCCGUGGGAAUAAUAACAAUAACAAUAACAAUAACGACAACAAUCCGCCGCCAUCCUCCAGGGUCUUCAAGGUCCAAUUCGAUGCGCGGAAAAUCGUCUGUGCCACCCAGGACCCAAGGAUAGUGGUAUGGGACUUUGCGGACGACGACGAAGAGAUAAAAGAGGCUUCUCAGUUCUUUACGGGGCUUUAA